AACAGCCUCUGGGAUCAGCAGCCCGAGCGGCUCCAGCGGCCGGCCAUGAAGAGGGCAGCGUCGAGUGUGGUUAUGUAUGGUGUCGAGAGGAUGGAAGAGGAGGAGAAAACGUUGAAGGUCGAAGUGAAGGUCGGAGGAAGACUGUGGACCGCCGCAUUGCCUGUCGCCGCGCCUGUUGUCACACACCCACCUGCACCGCUUUGGACCGCCGCUACAGCGUCGCGUACUACCACAGCUGUACCGGAGAGAGUCGAGACUGCGCCGAGGAAGAAGAGCGAUUACCUCCCCAAGGCUACGGGAUCGCUCUGGGCCAAGGUGGAUAUUACUGUCAAGAAGGGCAGAGUGGUCGUUUUCACCAACAGCCUCUGGGAUCAGCAGCCGGAGCGGCUCCAGCGACCGGCCAUGAAGAGGGUGACGUCUAGUGUUGUUGUGCGUGGUUUUGAGCGGAAGGCGGAGGAGAAGGAGGGGGUGAAGGUCGAAGUGAAGGUUGGAGGAAGACUGUGGACCGCCGCAUUGCCUGUCGCCGCCCCCAUUGUCACACAUCCACCUGCGCCGCUUUGGACCGCCGCUACAGCGUCGCGUACCACCACCACCAUACCGGAGAGAGUCGAGACCGCACCGAGGAAGAAGAGCGACUAUCUCCCUAAGGCUAUCGGGUCGCUCUGGAGCGUACGGAUCGUCGAGGUCAAGAAAGCCAAAAUCGUUCUUCCCGGCGCGCUCUGGCAAGCCGAUGCUGCCGCCUUCUGCCCUGUGCUGCAGAAAUCGUCGUCGACUUCGAGCAGAUCUCUGACGGUCGCGCCGCCGAGGAAGCUGGUGGAUGACAGGUGGAAGGUGGUGGUGGGUGGAAGGCUGUGGACCGCCGAGGCUAUCCCUGUGGUAGUAGCUCCGUCCCUCGUCAAGGUGCCGUUGUGGAGCAAAGAGACCGCUGAGCGGACCACGGAUGCGGUGCCCGAGAGGAUCGCGACUGCGCAGAGGAAGAUGGGCGGCGAGUUGAAGAAGGCUACGGGAUCGCUGUGGAACUUGCGGGACGUCCAGGUCGAGAAGGCGGAGGUUGUCGUGGCUGCGGAAGGUCUCUGGGGAAGCCAGGAAUGCUAUCGGCGGGCUGAGCGGAAGUCGUUGACGGCAGUGGGGGUUGCGAUGGCAAACCGGUUGUGGAAUGCCCCGGUACCCAAGUCGGUCGUUGUCGAAGAUGCACCAUCGCCAUUGUGGAGACCCGCAACCGCCUCGAGAACCACCACUGCCGUUCCCGAACGAGGAAUGCCUGUGCCCAGGAAGAUGGUUUCGGAUCCGCCCAAAGCCUCCGGCUCACUCUGGAGCAUCCGCGACGUCGAGAUCAAGCCAGCGAAGAUCGUCGUCGAUGGCGGACUCUGGCAGGCCGAGGGAUCUCCCUUUGUGGAGUGUAGUCAACUGCCCACUGAGGUCAAGCCCGAGGUUGCAGGCCGGUUAUGGACCGCAACCAGCGCGCCCGCACCGCCCCCGCCGCCACCAACGGAGACACUCUGGAGUGCGCCCGCACUUCCCCCGGUCAUCAUGGAAAAGCCCGAGCACUCCGAGUUCAGCAAAUACACUGCGUCACUUCCGCCGCGCGAAGCCGCCAAGCGCAAUCCCGUCGGCACCCACACCUCGAAGGCCACGGGCAGCCUAUGGAGUCCCGACCCCAUCCCGGAAGCCAACUACGCGAUCCACGUCGGCGGGCGUCUCUGGGCGGUACACCACACGGCGCCGCCCUCGCCCGCGCAGAGCAGCAAGCUGUGGACUCCGCGGACCACGCCUUCUCCACCCCUCCCCGCACCCGCCGAAUCACAGCAGCUGCUGUGGCACGCCGCCACCGCCUCCCGCACCACCACCGCAAAGCCCGGCCGCAGCCUCUCCAUCUCCCGCAAAAGAAGCGUCAACCUACACAAAGCUACCGGGAGUCUCUGGGGCGAGCCCGAGCGCGACAACAACAACAACGACGACGAACUCCCGCUCCCUGUCCCGUCGCUGUCGAGAACGUCGACCGUGUCCGAUAGCAGCGAGGACGACGACGACGAGUAUAUCCCUGUCGUUAGGAUGUGGCAGCCCGUCGCGAGCAGUGGGAGGAAGGGCGUUGUCGUGCUGGGCCAGCAGUCGAGGGCUAGGUAUUACUCCUCGUUCGCGGGUGCCGCUGCAGGUGCUGGUGCCGGCGCGCGUGAGCAGCAGCAACAGGUGUUUUUGGAACGGGUCGGGAGGGGCAAAGUGAGGGUUUCUUCUGCUUCGGCUUCCACUGAGAAGAGGGCUUAGAGUUUCGGUUUGGGUUUGGGUUUGGGUUUUGGGUAUCUUUCUUUCUUUCUUUUACUUCUACUUUUACUUUUACUGUACGAUGGAUGCCAAAUAGCGUUUUCGGGUUGAUCGGGUUGGGUCACUGUUUGAUGAAUGGAGUUUGGGUUCUGGAUCGGUGGUUGGUUUUGGUUUUUGGUUUUUGGUUUUUGCGCUUUUGGCUUGCGCUUCAGCGGUCAUUCGUGGACAACUUGUAUUUUAUCGUAACUAUCUUCACGGCAAUUGGAUUCGCUUCAGCCACCUGAGCCACCUC